UUUGGGCGGGGCUACGCGCGUAGCGAGUAUGUCGGUGCUUGUGGUCCCGUGCCCGCGGCUGCGGCCCUGCCCCUAGAGACGAUCCGGGGUCGGCCCUCAGGAGCCCGGGGGUCCUAGUCCUUGUCGGGGCCAAGUAUCCGAGGACACGUGCUCUGCAAAUCCGAGGGCGUCAGGCCGUCCCGCGCCGGAGCCGCAGGCGAGCCCAGCCGCGCCGCCCUUUUCUCGGGCUGCGGCCUCGGUAGGGUCGUGGGCCAGGCCGUGAGGUCCCUUCCUCCUCCCCAAGACGCACCGGACACCCCGCAGCCCCUGGAGGGCGGCCGCAGGCGGCCACCUAUGAGGAGUGACCUCGCCUCCUCUGCAGCCCCCCUCAGGGGGCUCGGGGGGCCCCUGCGGAGCAGCGAGCCGGUGAGCACCGCCCCGGCCCCGUCGGCGGCCGCACUUCUGCUGGAGGAGGCGGCCGACCUGCUGGUGGUGCACCGGGACUUCCGCGCCGCCCUGCGCACCUGCGAACGCGCCUGGCAGGGCCUGGCCGAGGAGCCCGCGGGCGCCUCGUUGGAGGUGAAAUGCUCUCUGUGUGUUGUGGGGAUCCAGGCCCUGGCAGAAAUGGAUCGGUGGCGGGAAGUCCUGUCCUGGGUUCUUCAGUAUUACCAGGUUCCCGAAAAGCUGCCCCCCAAAGUCCUGGAACUGUGUGUUCUUUUAUACAGCAAAAUGCAAGAGCCUGGAGCCCUGCUCGAUGCUGUCCGUGCCUGGCUCCGAAACCCUCACAAUCAGGGCCUUCCAGAGUACGGAGCCUUGGUGGAACUUCACCUGCAGCGGGUGCUGCUUCCUCUGGGCUGUGUGUCAGAGGCUGAAGAGCUAGUGGCAGGCUUUACAGCCUUCAGUGAAGAGCAGCGUCUGAACGCACUCCAGGCGAUUAGCACCAUGAGGCAACAGCAGAAACACGGACACUCUGGCUCUGAGGAGACCCAAAAGCUAAACCUGGAAGGUUCCUCCUCCCACAAGUUCCUGCCUCUGCUGACCUUGCUUCGCCAGCUGUGGAACUCUGCAGUGAGCCACCUUUUCUCUCUGCCCUUCAGAAGGGGCCUCCUGGCUGCCUUGGUCCUCUGCCUCUUGGUGGUGAGGUUGGAUCCGGCUGCUCCUCCUUCCCUGACCUUCGUCAACCAGCUGGCUCAGCUCUUCCGUCGGAUCCGCGAGGCCAUGUCUCCUCUCUGCCGGCUUCCCAUCCACGACUGAGAGGUCUUCCUCAUUCACCUCAGCCCCUGCUUCCCAGGCUGGCGGAUGAGCAGAGUCACUUUCCAGGGCAGCCUGUUUCCUGCUGCUGUCUGGGCCCUGCCGGCGCAGCCACCCAAAUUCUAGAAGGGUGCUUAUCCGGCCAGUACACCAUGUCUUGCUCCCUGAACACCCUCCCCUUUGCACCUCACUUGGCUGGCUUGGUAGGUGGUGUGAAACAAGGUGGGGCCAGAGGGCACAAGCCCCACAGAGGUGCCUCACUCAGGAGGGGCUUGGGAAUGGAGAGUGUGCCUGUGAAACAUUCUGUCUUCCUGCAAAGGCAGGGUUUUGAUUUUUCAGGCUGGUGUUGAUGAAGCUGGAAGUUCAGAACAAGGUCCUGGUAGGGGGACCUUGGCCUUCCGCUUGCUUGAAGCACUCACCUCUGAAAGUCACCCCCAGGGCAGGCCCUCCCUGGGCAGGGUGAGGUCUGAGAGUGCCCUCUUCCCCUGAGUCUGGUCUGGUGGUUUAUCACUGCACCUCUGGGUGGCCCGUUCAGACUGGGCAUGGCUUCCAGAGUCACGGGGUGCUCCUCUCCCUGAGUAAGGGGAUCUCGCCUGGUGCCUCCUGGGCUUCAGCUCAAUUUUCCAGGUCGUUGUGGCUGAGCCAGGCUCAGCUCUGUUACACCGGGUAUCUCUGCCCUCUCUCCCCUCCCCUGCCCUGCAGCAGUUUGCACUUUGACUGCGGCUGUUUACCAGGUUCUGCCUGUGCCCUGGCCUCCUUGGUACACACCAAGGUUGCUGGUUUCCCCCCUUCUGUGUCCUGUUGUUCUGUUAUAUUCUAUUGUUUGUAUAAUGCACAAGUUUUUCUGUUCCUAUGGCCUUGAAAAGUAGGCCAGCCUCAAAGGCUGAUGAGCUGAAAAUGGAACGGGUAAUCAGGUGAGCUGGCAGGAGUGUGUGGAGGGGGCUGGGCGGAGGGGAGGCAUGGCUUUGAGGGCAGUGAACAAUUUUAUUCCUUGUCAGAGGGAGGAGGCAUUGGGGUUGAAUGCCUCAGUGUUUUCUGUCUCUGGCCACAAGAGCCCUGCCUGUUUCUGCGCAAGUGCGCAUAGAGCACUGCCUGCUGUGGGCCAGGGAAGGCUUUUGGCAGCACAGGAAGGCUUAUCAGCUUUUGAGAUUUUCAGGAGCUACAGGUCAACAGCUUCUCUUUCAUAAAAAGAGUGGAGGAAGUAAACUUCAGGCCCUGGGGAGGUUAAGUCCUAGGGUGUGGUCCAGCAGCAAAGCUGGGAGUGAAGAACCCUGCAGAGAAGGGAAGCAGUUAGUUUGAGGUCUCUCCUCUGGAAUGAUUUUUAAAUCUGGUCGUGUUCACACCCUGGGUAAAACCUAUCUUCAUGGAAGUUAAGGCCCUCAGGCACUGGUUUUGGCCAACACCCCCACUUUGACCUGGGGCCUCUGAUCCAGCUGCCCACAGUCAGUUUUCUGAAGCUGCGCCCCUCAUACCUCUGCCUUUUGCACCUGCUGAUCCCUCUGGGGGUCCUGCCCCACUUUUGCCUGGUAAGCCCCUCGACCUUCCAGACUUAUUCAAGGGUUGCCUCUGGGAAUCCUUUCCUGACGCCCCCUGCUCCAGGCCCUACUUCAUUCCCCUUCUGUGGUGGUGACCCCGUGGCUUUGUGAUUGUGGGAUUCUGGGGCCUCCAGUCACUGAGCUCUUUGAAGCUCGGGGUGUGGCUUGUGUUCAUGGGGCAGGUGUGGUCCCUGCCCUCCUGCUUGCUAGGUGUGUGGAUGUUGGAGAGUGAUUUGACCUCAUCUGUGAGUCGGCUCUUCUCUCAGGGGGACUUUUCAGGGAGUAACUGAGAGCCUCUUGUGAAGUACCUAGUGUGCUGCCUAACCCAGGUGAGGGCUCUCAGGAGGAUAGCUGUGUCCCCAUUGCCCAGCCGAGUGCCUGGGGGUUAGAAGGUGUUCAGAGGCGUUUAAGAGAAUGAGCAGACGUACCUGACGGACGGGGGGUGCCUCUGUGCUUUGGUGCAUGUGUGGGUUUUGGGUUGUGGAAGCCCCGAAGUCACCAUGUGGCCCUGGGUUCUCUGCUUCCUGUUUGUCUUGAGCUCUGCAGUCUUGUCUGGUAACCAGCCACCUCCCAGUCAGACAAGAACUCAGGCCCCCUCCCUGGUGUCCUGGGUCUUUUCUGAGGAUGCAGACUGCUGCUCCAGUCCGUCCUGAGCUCUGGGCUUGACGAGGUCUGGAGCCAAGGGAGGGCAUCCCUGUCACACUUGCACCUGUGCUUUCCAGGGCGCUUGCCUCUAGCCACAGGUGGCCUUUGAGCCUUUGAAAUGUGGCUGGUCCAAGCUGAGACGUAAAUACGCACUGUAAAUUCUGUACGUAUACACUGAUUUCAAACACGUAGAACUAAAAAGAGGAAACUCAAUUUUUAUAUUGAUUGCAUGUAGAAAUUAAUAUUUUGGAUAUAUUGGGCUAAAUAAAAUCUAUUACUAAAAUUAA